AUGGCUGAUGACACAGUGGUCUUCUCUUCUCUGUACAUAACAGGGUCACCAGGUGCCGUCACUGCGCGUGGUUGUAUCGGUUUAUCUCGCGCGCGCAUCACGUGCGCUUGCCGUUCGUACAUUUUUGGUGUUCGUGCUUCAUUCUGCUUUGCGCUGUGCUGGAGCGAGGUCUCCUCCGUUUUCUGGAAACUCGAUUUUACUCUGGGAACAGUGACGUCAGGGGAAGACUUUGCGACGCUGCACGCUGGUUUUUCGUCCCAUGGAACUGGUGCCGACGAAGAACUGCAGUCUGCCGCGCGAACUUCGUUGCAGAAACUGCUCCAUGGAGGUUGGAGGCGUACAUCAGAACUACUACAUCCGGUAUCUGCUGAAAAGAGACCUUCAGACGCCACGGGCCAGGACAACAACGAGCACCCCGACGGCAACGAUAAUAAUUCCUGCGUCGGCCAGUCGUUGCGAACUAACUACAGCAACGGCGACAGCGGCACAGACCACCACUACGAUAACCACCACGACAACAGUAAUUACUGCUCCGUCGGACACGCGACAAUACGGCGGCAGUACUCGUGCAUACUCUGCAAACUAACCACUGCAACGGCGACAGCCACUCACCAUCACAACGAUGACAACCACCACGACAACAAUAAUUAUUACUGCGUCGGCCACCCGACAAUAAUGCGGCAGUACUGUAGACUCUACUACUACUACAGACUAACUACUGCGACAGCGGCACUCACCACCACAACGAUAACCACGACGACGGCAACCACAAUUAUUGCUGCGUCGGCCACCCGAAAAUACGACGCCAGUGCUAUUAAGCGCCUGCGUCUGUACUAUCUGGUACUGUGAGCACGUUAUAUACAGAGACCAACAGGACGGCCACAACGACCAACUCCUCGACUACGUGGAUGGUUCAGUACUGAUAGCUGAACCAACUACUGAAGCAACGACAACAUGGACGGCUACUAUUUCAACAACGGCGCUAACCGGCACACCACCACGGCGGUCACAACGACGUCUACAACUCUAGAGCAGCGGAAGAGCUAACGACAGCUGACUCUACAAUGCAGACUACGACAGGAACCACAACUACGAAUCAAUUUCGUCCAACGAUGCAUCGGCGUCAAGCAGCAGCAGCACCGCGUAGCCGCAGCACGUAGCGAGAACAAAUUCCGAACCAUGACUAGCCAUCGGAACUAUGCCGGCCACGAUCAUCUGCACGCUGGGACAUUCCAUCAGUCUCGUUGUUCGCAUGGACUAACUACAUCGACAGUGACAUGACCCUAAGCGAGACCACUUGCGCUUAUUGACAAUGGCGUCUACCCUGAGCCAGACUACCUCACCGACCACAAGGAGAGGGAAUAACUGCCUGCGCUGAGCUAUUAGGGUUCCUGCAAGCUACCAGGCUAGUCCGGCUGACUACAUCCGCAACGACAUGCGCCCUAAGCAAGGCUACUUCAUCGACUACAAGGAACGCCGAACAAUUAACCGUAAAUGUGCUGAGUCACUGGAUCCUGGAGCUAUGUGAAUAUAAAGGCCACACACGUGAAGCAAACCUCCGCUUGUUACUGCGGGAACUAACUACGCCAACAACGACAAUCUUCGACGACUACUUUAACGACGACGACCACCACCGCUACAGCAACCACAACAAACGAAUUAUGCCCAACCUGAAGCCCUCCAGUUUGUGUCCCGAGUUUAUUCCUCGCAUCCGGCAGCAUCCUGGAAGAGCAGUCUGCGUUCAAUUCUAUGCCCACCUCUCGGCCUACAUACUUGACACUGCUGCCUUGACAAGACCGGUUUCGAGUUCCAGUGCUCACAUCAAAACAGGAUGCUGGAUUAUGCAACUAGAAGUCUCGCAGCAAGCAAAAGUAACACAGGACGAAGAUCAGCUCUUGAGCCGAACAAUUAACCACAAAUAUCUGGAGUGACUGGAUCCUGGAAAUUUGGAGCCUUGUGAAUAUAAAGGCCACUCACGUGAAGCAAAACGCCGCUUGUUACUGCGGCAGUGCUAAGGAACUAACUACGCCAACGACGACAAUCUUCGACGACUACUUUAACGACGACGACCACCACCGCUACAGCAACCACAACAAACGGAAUUAUGCGCAACCCGCAUCCUGCAGCAUCCUGGAAGAGCAGUGUGCGACCUACAUACUUCAAUGCUGCCUUGACAACGCCGGUUUCAAGCGCAAGUUCCAGUGCUCACAUCAAAAUCGGAUGCUGGAUUAUGCAACUAGCACACUUCGAGCCUCGGAAGUCGCGUUGCAAGCAAAAGUGAAGUCUUCGGAACAGGACGAAGACCAGCUUCUGAGGUAACCAGAAAAACACAGGAUUGGAGAAACUAUUUUGAACACGUGAACUAACUACCACAACGACUACAAUGUCAUGCGCCACGCAAGUGACGCUCCCAGCACUACGAGAAUAAUAAUUAUUGCUGCGUGAUCCUUCAGGACAAUACGGCGGCAGCUCCACUGCAAAGCUCAGACGACGACCCGCUCGACUACAACCACGACACUACGACGACUACCACUGCCGUUACGUCAAAUACAUGCCGCUUGACGUCGUUACUUACCACAAUAGGGGCAAGAACCUUCUACCACAACACCUACUUGACGAGGACGUGCUCUACGAAUUUGAAGACCACAGAAUAUGCUGAGUGACUGGAUCCCGGGGCCACAUGGGAGCCGUGUGAAUAUAAGGUUCGCUUCGUUCGUGAUGCGAAAUGCUGUGACAGGGCUCAGGAACUAACUACCCCAACGACGACAACUGUCUUCGACGACUACUUUAACGACGACAACGACCACCACCGCUACAGCAACCACAACAAAGCCAUUAUAUCCUGUGAACUAACUACCACAACGACUACUAUUUAUCCACCAUGCAAGUGAUGCUGCCAGCACUACGACAAUAAUAAUUAUCGGAGACUUCCUUCAGGACAAUACGGCGGCAGUGCCACUGCAAAGCGUAGCAGAUACUGACAGAUUCCAACCCAUUGCGGUGCCGAAGGGAAUGAACAGGCAGACAGCCUCGCAGAAGCAGCUCUCUCAGACUCGCAUUGCGCCGCUGAGACGAGAUCGUGGCUCCGUACUCGCCUCCGCUCGCCUCGUGACUCCGCUUGCUUCCAACCCAUGGACCGCUGACAUUCUCACCCCAGCCAUGCCAGCCAGCGGUGCUGUAGACCUACAGCGCAUCACACAGGCUCUAUUGCCCACACUACCAGCCUUCCCGAACGGUACUCACCCCCUCUCUCAUUGGCCACAUCCUGCCCACAAGCGCUCUGACCUGUUCACCUUUCUGGAUGCCAUGGGAAUUCGAUCCAUCCUGUGAAGCGCUCAUUAUUUCAUUCCACCCAUCACCACCAGCAAUGGGCUUCACAGCUCAGCGUACGGGAAGAUCAGGCAGAGUGGCUAGUAAAUGCUUUUGCAUGGACCUACAAUGACAGGGUACCUUGAGGCUGCGGAACCAAAAAAACCCGUGUGCCACGAAGACAAAAACCCCGCCUUGAAAUCUAUACGUCUAACAUGUUUCUGGUAGGACAUCC